CCCUAAAAUCUAGUCCCUAUUAGUACGGUCCAGGUGGAACAACCAUUCACUGACACGGGUGAAGCCCAAUGCAAUCCCAGUAAAAACUUGGUCGGUUGUCGAGAGGUCAUCUAAUUCCCCCCUAAAUCCUAGUCCCUAUUAGUACGGUCCAGGGCGGAAUUAAGUGACACAGUUUCGGACGCCUCCCAACCUCCAGUAAUUGCCACGGCGGCGCUGUGGUGCUGGAAGCUGUACGUGAAGAGUCCGCUGUAAAGGAGCUGCAUCGGCAUCUGGAGCAGAAAUGGCGCAACAGAGUAAGGAGGCACAAGAUGACGUCGAGGAAAAGAAGCCAGUGCAAGAGACAGGUGAGUCAUCAGCACACACUACUGAAAGUCUCAGACUAGAAGAUCAGACUCUCCCUCUCCUGCUCCAGCAACAGAAUAUUGGUGCCCAGGAAACCAGGGAGGAUGGAGGAAAGAAAAAAAUGAUGGAAGAUCUGAAAAUUAUUCCUGCAGUGGAAAAUGCAUUAAACCUAUCAUUAAUUGAAUCCCUUCAUACAAGUUCCAUGAUUGAAGAGAAAGGAGAGAAUUUGCACCCAGAGAGCUCAGCUGAGCAGGGCAGGGUUGUUGGAGUCCAGGAAAUCGGAGUGGAUGAAUUGAAACCAGUAAUUCCCAAAGACGUCGGGGAUAUAUCUGGGAUGGAGAAUGCUACACAUGAAUCAAUGCUCAAAUCUCUGAAUAUGAAUCCUGUGAUGGAAGACAAAGGAGUUAAUUUGCAACCAAAGGAGGGUAGUGUGGAAAGAUUUGAAGGUGCAGGGAAUCGCAGCACCCCAGGCGGAAUAUUACACACAAAAAAGCAAGAGUGCCUGGUUGUGGGCCCCGGAGCUCAGGAGAACAGAGAGGACAUGUGCCCAGAGAUUACACCAGCUAAGAAACAACGUGUCCAACAAGCAGCCGAAAAUGAAUUCAUGGUCCUGGAUAAAGGAACAGACAAACGUUGCAAGAGGAAGAGGAAAAAAGAAAAGAACGAAGUAAAAAAGAACAGCACUAUUAAGUUUCCACCUCUACACAAAAUCAUGGUGCUGUUGAUUCGACAAAUGUUUUCAGCACUGGCAUCAGUACAAUGGAGCUGCUGGCUUAGGCUUAUGGUUCUCCUGCUGAAUGUCUGUGCUUUAUCCUCUUCUUCAUGUUCCUUCUGCCAAAUCCAUAAAUUCUGUACGGAGGAAAAUCUGCUGAACCAACACCUGACAAUCAGUAUAGCGGGCAAGGAGAAUUACUGCAGUUUCCAAUUUACCGAGCUCUUCAUGAAAGAAACAUGUAAUAAAACAGUGGUGAUACUGAAUGAGACACAGAAAUGUGUGUUGUUGUACAUGGCAGAUCUGACACAUAACGAUCUAUAUUUGGAAUAUGGCACUGGCCGUACACUUCCCGUUCCGGCUGCACUUGCAGGAUGUUGUGACAAUUCCUCAAGUAAAAACCUUGAAGCUGAUAAUCCUACCCAGCCUGGGGCAGCUGAGACAGGCCAUGACCUAAUAGCAGUGCUUAUAUUAGCAAGUCUUGGUCUUAUUGGUCAUUUUGUAGCUAUAUUUGUGGCUUAUAGAUGUAAACGAAAAAGAACUAAACGAGGCACUUCUAAGCAUGUGGAAACCCAAGAUGUGGUUAUUGAAAUGAGACGGGUUGGUGUCACAGAUCAUGUACCAGAGCAUCAUCACUCUAAUGGGAAGAUUUCCCGUAUAAGGGACCAAGAGAACCUUCCAGCAGACAGGGACGCAGUAUCCAUGGAGGAUUGUCCUGAACAAGACUACAGUGAACAUAAUGAGAAUACACUCUCCCCAGUGGGUAUCCCAUUAGAAGAGCAUCCUGAAAUGAAUUUGGGUACUUGCUCUUCCCCACAAGGUGAAGGAGAGAUUGAGCCCAGAGAUGAUAAUGUAACUAAGCCUUUACUAAUACCAAAUAUGGCUGUUGGCAAAAGAAAUGGAAACAUUGUUUAUUAAUGUCGCUAAACUGCCUUAUUGUGGGUGUAACCUUUCUGGUUACUUUUAAAUGGGUUGUUCCCCUUUAAAUUAACUUUUUUAGUAUGAUGUAGAGCGUGAUAUUCUGAUACAAUCUGCAAUUGGUUUUUAAUCUUUUUGUGAUUUGUGAUUUUUAAAUUAUUUAGCUU